AUGAAAAAAGAACAGGUUGUUCUUCGAGGAUGUCUGAAGGGUCACAGAGACUGGGUUACCCAAAUUGCAACCACUGCUCCAUUUCCUGACGUUAUCCUGUCUUCUUCAAGAGGUAGUUACCUCGGCUUAUUCCGUGCCACUUUCAUUUCUCUUCUAAUGCGAAUUUUAGACAAAACUCUUAUUCUCUGGGCGCUUACUCGUGAAAAUGAUAACUUUGGAGUUGCAAAGAAAUCUCUUCAUGGACACAAUCAUUUUGUCAGCGACGUUGUUAUGUCCUCGGAUGGCCGUUUCGCUCUCUCUGGUUCCUGGGAUAAAACUCUCCGCAUAUGGGAUUUAGAAACUUGCCAGACUACACAUCGCUUUUUUGGACACACCGGAGAUGUCCUUAGCGUUGCUUUUAGUGCGGAUAGCCGUCAGAUUCUUAGUGGCUCCCGCGACAAAACUGCCAAACUCUGGAACACUGUCGCAAUGUGUAAAUAUACCUUCGAACAGGAUGGUCACACGGAUUGGGUGUCUUGUGUGAGGUUCUCUCCAAACGCUGAAAACCCCAUAAUAGUCAGCUGUGGCUGGGAUAAGAUGGUUUGGAAUCUGGCUACUUAUCGCCUUAGCACUAACCAUAUCGGCCAUACGGGUUACCUAAACACUGUGACGGUCUCUCCAGACGGUACGCUUUGUGCCAGCGGUGGUAAAGAUGGCCAGACUAUGUUAUGGGAUCUUGAUGCGAAUAAGUUUCUGUAUACUCUUAACGGUUGUGGAAUUAUCAACGCUCUGUGUUUCUCUCCCAAUCGUUACUGGCUCUGUGCUGCUAUUGGGCCCGCCAUUAAGAUCUGGGAUCUCAAAAAGAAAACUCUUUUUGAAGAACUUGCCCCCCAAAGUUACAGCACUACUGCCGGAGAGGUUGAGCCUACGUGUCUUUCUCUCGCUUGGUCCGCUGAUGGUCAAACUCUCUUCGCUGGAUAUGCCGACCAUGCCAUCCGGGUUUGGCAGAUUAUGCCCCUGGAUGAUCGAUAG